GGAAGGAAGCCUGUGUGCAGCUAGCUGGCCCAUCAGCCCAGGACACAAGCUCUCCAGUGGCCAGUUUGGACUCCCUGGAACUAGCUACAGCUGGGCAUGGCAGGGUCCGCACAGGUGCCGACACUGGUGUACCUGGUCACAGGUGGCUGUGGCUUCCUGGGGGAGCACAUUGUUCGGAUGCUGUUGGAGCGGGAGCCCAGGCUCCGGGAGCUGCGUGUCUUUGACCUGCACCUGAGUUCCUGGCUGGAGGAGCUGAAAACAGGGCCUGUGCAGGUGACCGCCAUCCAGGGGGAUGUGACUCAGGCCCACGAGGUGGCAGCUGCCGUGGCUGGAUCUCAUGUGGUCAUCCACACGGCUGGGCUGGUGGAUGUGUUUGGGAAGGCCAGUCCAGAGACCAUCCACAAAGUGAAUGUGCUGGGCACACAGAAUGUGAUUGAGGCUUGUAUGCGGACUGGAACUCAGUUCCUGGUCUACACGAGCAGCAUGGAGGUUGUGGGGCCUAAUAUCAAGGGCCACCCCUUCUACAGGGGCGAUGAAGACACCCCAUACGAGGCGGUCCACAGACACCCCUACCCUUGUAGCAAAGCCCUCGCUGAGCAACUGGUCCUGGAGGCCAAUGGGAGGAAGGUCAGUGGAGGGCUACCCCUGGUGACAUGUGCCCUCCGACCCACGGGCAUCUACGGUGAAGGUCACCAGGUCAUGAGAGACUUCUACAACCAGGGCCUGCGCUUUGGGGGUCGGCUGUUCCGGGCCAUCCCGGCUUCUGUGGAGCAUGGUCGGGUCUAUGUUGCGGCCCAUCUCCCUCCCUCCCUACUGGCAGGCAAUGUGGCUUGGAUGCACGUGCUGGUGGCCCGAGAACUGGAGCAGCGGGCGGCGCUCAUGGGUGGCCAGGUCUACUUCUGCUAUGACAAGUCGCCCUAUAAGAGCUACGAGGACUUCAACAUGGAGUUUCUGGGUCCCUGUGGACUUCGGCUGAUAGGCACCCACCCACUUCUGCCCUACUGGCUGCUGGUGCUUCUGGCUACCCUCAACGCCCUCCUGCAGUGGCUGCUCCGCCCACUGGUGCUGUACACACCCCUGCUGAACCCCUAUACUCUGGCCAUGGCCAACACCACCUUCACCGUCAGCACCAACAAGGCCCAGCGCCAUUUCGGCUACAAGCCUCUCUUCUCAUGGGAAGAGAGCAAGGCCCGUACCAUUCACUGGGUGCAGGCCUUGGAGGCUUCGGCCAGGUGAUGUGGCCAGGGCCUGGAGGCCGCUGUGGUACAUACUCAAGAUCCUGAGCCUUCAGAACUGGAUGGAGAGAAGCGCGGCUGCCUUCUGAAGCUGGGGGCUGUGGUGCCUGACUGGACGGAUGAUAUGGACCCUGCCACAUUUUAACUACACAGAUCUCGAGCCUGGGUGGUCUCCCAGCCUCCAAGUUCGAGGACCUGUCUUUGGUCCCAACUGAGGCCUGCCAGCUGGUUGGCGAAACUGAAUCCUAAUGGUCCCACUACCCCUUCCCACUUCCGGUUUCUCAAGCUGGAAGGGGCAAAGAUCCCAGAGACCCGCUGGUCUGCUUUCUCCGGGUGUCUUCAGACCUGCCUUCUGCCACAUCUGGCUCUCCUUAAGAGGUUAUGGGUCCAUCAGUUUCCUCGGUGUAUUUCUUUUAGACAUUUACCUUGUAAUUUGCUUUAAAGAAAACUGAAGAAAUCAAUGAUUCGCCAUGUCUUGCCUCUCCACCCAAAUUCAGCUCCUGUGAUAUUAACUUUCUGCCAAGGAGGCCACCCAUGCUGCGUCUGGCCAAGCCUGGAUUAAAAAGCCUUUCCAA